GAUGAAGGCGGCCCAGGCCGCGGGCCAGGAGGCGCCGCCCGGCGCGCGGUCCGUCAAGGUGGUCCUGGUGGGCGACGGCGGCUGCGGGAAGACGUCGCUGCUGAUGGUCUUCGCCGAGGGCGCCUUCCCCGAGGAAUAACGGUGGUGCCCACCUCCCAGGGUCGCAGUGAUGAGAGAGUUCAUACAGGUCAGGGGCUCAGCUCUGAGCUGCAACAGGAAGCACUCACUGAAAAGUGGCCAGCGUUUUUCUUGGGAGACAUCGUGUCUUCCCCCAGCUCUUGCCCCUACAGUGGAUGUCCCGUGGGCUCAGCCUUGGCGGAGCUACACCCCCACGGCAUUCGAGCAGCUCACCAUGAAUCUGCACGUGAAGGGCAAACCCGUGCACCUCCACAUCUGGGACACAGCAGGGCAAGUCGACUACGACCGCCUGCGGCCCCUGUUCUACCCCGACGCCAGCGUCCUGCUCCUCUGCUUUGACGUCACCAGCCCAUACAGCUUUGACAACAUCUCUAACCGGUGGUACCCGGAGGUGAAUCACUUCUGCAAGGAGGUGCCCAUCAUCGUCGUGGGCUGCAAGACUGACCUGCGCAAGGACAAGUUGCUGGUGAAGAAGCUGCGGAAAAAUAGGUUGGAACCUGUGACCUACCACAGGGGCCAGGAGAUGGCACGGGCCGUGGGCGCCGUGGCCUACCUCGAGUGCUCGGCUCUGCUCCAGGAGAACGUCCACACCAUCUUCCAGGAGGCGGCCAAGGUGGCCCUCAGCAGCCGCCGUCGCAACUUCUGGAGGCGGAUUACCCAGAGCUGUUGUGUGGUGACCUGAUGGCCUGGGGCGCUCCUUCCCUGACCACACCAGCAGCUCAGGAAGGAGCUGGGCACGGACCUUCUGGCCAGUUGGCUGGGCUGGACCUAGUCCCCAGGCUGUGACCUCUGAACUGUACCUCAAACAGAUGGGCACUACCGAGGCCGGGCCCCUGACCCUGGUGCUGGUAUCCCUGGACUGGAGAGAAACCCCUCUGAGGCCUGAGGAAGAGGGUUCCCGGGCUCACCAGCCCUGUGGAGGGCUAGGCCUGGAGACCCCUGGAAUCACUCCCAGCUCACAGCCCUGGACUACACAUCCUGGAGCGGCCUGUGCAACCUGGCGCCACCUCGUGGCUCUUCCCGCGGCUGCACCUUCAGGACCCGGUGGUGCUAGGACCCUCCAGCCAGAACUCACACCCUGCCCCCAUCCCCCUUCGCCCUGCCCAUCCCAGUGGUAACUGUAACACUAAAAUGACAUCACUUGUCAGU